GAGGCAUCUCAAUAAUGCAUUAACGCGAUCAACAACAUUCAAUGCUUUCACCACAGGCACCUGCCAUGACCCUGCUGCCAUAGUCAACAACUCAAAAUCCCAUAUAUGUGUUGGCAAUUUGAAUCAGGAGAGCAUACACAAUGGCAGAUUCACGAAACGCCUCUGGUCCGCGAACCUCGGCCCCAGAUCUAGAGAUUCUGGGAGAUCAAGUUACGCUCCAUCCAAGCGGCUAUAUCGAGCCACCAGAGUUGCAAAAGGAUGCGGAUAAGGAGCGGAAUCUGGUGGAGAAUAUGGCCAGAUUUAGGUCUAGUCCUUUGGAAUUCCUCAGAGAGGUCUCCCUUCAUGUCUCUGGCACUGGUUGGCGGGCCUAUGAUAACUUCAUUGGACAACCUAUAUUUUACAAUGGGUUUUCUGAGUCUAUGUCACAAGCGGUUCUUGCUACACCCAUCUUGCAGAAACGAAUCGCCGAAUUAGCGGAGAAGAGGGUUGCGGUAGAGGAGAAAGAGGGGCUGUUGAAUAAAGAUGAUCCGCUGUACGCAGGAAAACGAACGCAGCGGAAGAUGGUUAUUGAGCAGAGUUUACAAGAGCUAAGCGAGAAAUGGACUGGGGAGAUGAUAUGCAAAAUGGAGAGCAAACCGUUCAUUCGAGGGGCGUAUUAUAUGUGUACACAGUUGUUAACGAGAGCCUACCAUCAAGGCAUUCAUGUCUCAAGCGAAGAGGUCAUUCGAUUACGGACGGUUGCUGAGAAGGCCGAGAAGAACAAGCAGAGUAUUAUUUUCUUGCCUUGCCAUCGAUCACAUGUGGACUAUGUGUCCCUUCAAUUAAUUUGCUACCGUCUGGGUCUUGGGCUACCAACUGUCGUUUCUGGCGAUAACUUGAACUUCCCAGUCGUGGGGAGCUUUUUGCAGCAUGCUGGAGCAAUGUGGAUACGACGCAGUUUCGGAGACGAUAUCCUCUACACAACACUCGUCCAAUCGUAUAUUGAUACACUUCUUCAAGGUGGCUUCAAUUUCGAGUGUUUCAUCGAAGGAGGUCGAUCCAGGACUGGAAAGCUUUUACCACCAAAGUUCGGUAUACUGAGCUUCAUCCUGGAUAGUAUUCUUUCUGGUCGGGUGGAAGAUGCCAUCAUUUGCCCUGUCAGUACACAAUACGAUAAAGUCAUAGAAACAGAGGGGUACAUCAAUGAGCUUUUGGGCACGCCCAAGAAGAAAGAGAACUUGGCAGACUUUUUGUCCGCAUCCUCGGUACUAUCCCUGAAGCUGGGACGUGUGGACGUCCGAUUCCAUGAACCUUGGAGUUUGCGUCAAUUUGUCCAGGACCAGCAGGGUCGAACCACAGGCAUUCCUAAGGGAGUAGAUAUGAGUAGCACUAUUGACCCUGCUACAAGGCAGAAAAUGCUUCGCACCAUGGGAUACAAAGUUCUCUCAGAUAUCAAUGCCGUAUCAGUCGUCAUGCCCACAGCCUUGAUCGGCACUGUAUUGCUGACAUUGAGGGGAAGAGGGGUAGGCAAAGCCGAGCUGAUUCGGAGGGUUGAAUGGCUUAGCGAUCGAGUCAGAUCGAAAGGAGGCCGAGUAGCUCAUUUUGGAAAUGCGCCAACUUCUGCUGUCAUCGACCGCGGUCUUGAUGUUCUCGGCAAAGACCUUGUUGGUGUUGUCGAAGGGCUGCCAGAAAAGACUUAUUAUGCGGUAGACCGAUUUCAACUGUCGUUCUACCGCAACAUGACGAUUCACCUAUUCAUCACAGAAGCACUUGUUAGUGCUUCCAUGUAUAUCCGUGUAAAGCGCGGUGGUGGGCCUGAUAACCAGAAGAUCACAUACACCGAGCUUCGAGAUCAAGUACUGUUUUUGUCGCAGCUUUUCAGGGGUGAGUUCAUCUAUCCCACAGAUGGACUGAUUGUCAACCUGGACAACACUCUCAAAGGCUUAGAAAGCGAUAAGGUCGUUGCUCUGGAACGGGAUGCUGAGGGGAACAUUGUCUCGGUCGGAUUAGCUGAUGAAGAACGUGCUGCUGGUCGUGAGAAUUACGAUUUCUACUGUUUCCUGAUCUGGCCCUUCGUUGAGGCUUUCUGGCUUGGGGCUGUGGCAUUCAUGGGGUACACACCCCCUCUGAAUUACAAGGGAGAUGGGUGGCUGGAUGUGAAAGGGUGCCAAGAAAGUGCCCAAUUGCUGGGUAAAACUUUGUAUCAUCAGGGAGACUUAUCGUAUUUCGAAGCCGUCAAUAAGGAAACUCUCAAAAAUGCCUGGGUGCGUUUCGAAGAAGAGGGUAUAGUGGUCGUAGCCAAAAGCCGAGACCCGAAAAUCCAGCCUCGUUCCAAGCUUUCACCUGACUGGACACCGGAUCGUAAUCCCGAGACUGGCCGUCUGAUUGCUAAGGGCCGCUUGUGGGAUUUCAUAGAGAAGAUUGCGCAGUCUAGAAGAGAAGGAAAGAAUAGACGGGACGGAGCAACGGUCUCCACUAGAGUUUUGAGACACACAGAGACUAUCGCACAGAGGCUCUUUGCGCAAGAUGCUGGAGAUGUGUUAAGCGAGGAGGACAAGAAAGAACUGAGUAGGAAACAGAAGAGGAGACAGGCUCUGCAAGCCAGGGCGCAUUUGUGAUUUCAUAUUUAGGUUGUUCUUAUGAUACCAGACAUGUAAACUAAUCUAUGAGGUAGGAGCUGUCCCGUACUAGUUCAAGUUGACUACUACCUAUGCCCAAAGUUCCAAAUUUUGCUGAAUUUGUCCAGCAUUGUCUUUAGCAAGUCUCUAUGUACACAAGCUGUCUCUCUCUUUCCACAUGCAACCAUUAGCUAGUCACAAUUCCAUACCGCUGAUACGGGAAAUCUUCCAGAGUUUUCAGCCGCUCAGCCCAUCCAUCACCUACCUCCCCUACUAAGUGCAUGUCAACAUCCCCAGCUUCUCCAGUUCUCCCAGCCAAGACCUCUGGUUCCCUGUCUUGAAACUCAAUAAAUAGCUCAGGAUGAGGCACCCAUACAACUCUCAUGCCAGCUCUCCUCCCCGAUUCUACGCCGGGCACAGAAUCCUCAAACACAAGACAUUCUUCGGGGAGAAUUUCCUUCUCACCCUCUGGAAGCGUCUCAUUAAUAACUUUCAACGCUAGAAUGUAGAUAUCCGGACUUGGUUUGCCUCUUCCUCUGGGAAUCCUCGUGUCGUCUCCUAGAAUCCUUCGUUCAGUCUGGAAGACUGUGAAGAGACUAUCUUGAAGGUGUGCCGUCUUGAGAUCGAAUGCCCAUUUGUGGGAGCUUGUUGCUAGGGCUAUAUGAACUUUAUCUUUACUGGUUGUCUGGGCAGCUGCUAGUUUUGACAGUAGAGUCUCGACGCCUGCGAGUGGUUUGCAGGUUGGGAAGUGCUCAUGCUGUAACACGCGGACUUCAGACAUAUAUUGUUCUCGGGAUACGGGAAGUUGUGCCCCUAUGAAGUAGGUACUUUAGCAAUUGCAGUUUGCCGAGGAUGAGGUAUUUGAGAAGCGGGUGAGCUGUGUUCAGGAUGUCAUGGGACAUUCGAAGAGACCAGUCCUAGCUCGCUUGCGACGUACAUUCAUGGAGGACAUCUCCAGCUGCUUGGCCAGCUCGUCCUUGCAUCUUUGCCUUUCUGGAUACUGUUAGUAGAUUUAUUCUCAAGCUGAAAAUGCGAGGUAUGCACAUCGACCAAGGAAUAUCUGGCUUGCCAUAUUUGUUCAGAACGGCGUUGGUGGCUAACGUAUACUUUUCUUCCGAGUCAAUCAAAAGCCCAUCCAUGUCAAACAAACAUGCCCGAACAGGCGGAAGACUGUACAAAUCUGUUAGGAGCAGUGUCUCAUAAAAAUACGGUGUACAUGAGUAGGUGAACAGCUUACUCCCUUUUUGCUGUUGCCAUAAUAAGUUCUUGCUUGAG